AGGCUUCCACUGCAUUGUGGGAAGCGUAGUCCUUGAAGCAAGGCUGUCCGCGCCAGAAUGGAUUGGCGGAGUUUUGCGACGUUCAAUAAAACCUAGUAUCCGCUGCAUGUCUCUGUAAGCACUGUGGCAUCAAGAAGGGCAGCAAGCAGCACAUUUUGUAUAUUUGUUGCAAAGGGGCUGCCUUCUUUAGUCUCCUGCCUCUACUGCAGACUGAGGGAUGAUCCAGAUACAAUCAUACUGUCAAUUGUACUCUAUGCUGACAUCAAAAGUGACUUCAUAAUUCUGCAUUAUGACUGACAAGCUGCUAUCUCUGAAAUACUCUGAAAUACUGUAUCCUAGGGUUACCUGUCAGAGAAGGGCUAGACAUGUUUAAAGGACAUCUGUACAUAGAAAAGUUCCUGCUAAAACAUGGGCUAGCAGAACUGUUUAAAGACAAUAAAUACACUAAUUUAAAACUCCCACUUCCUGCUCUAUCAUUUUGUCCACUGGUCUUUGGAAAGCAAGGAUGAGAAUCGGGAAAAUUGUAACUAGGAGCUAGGGUAGAUAUUGCUUACAAUUCACUUUCUGGGAACAUUGGUUUGUUUGUUUUUUAGCCUUUUCGGAGAUUUCUUUACUGCUCUGGGUUAAAUAAAGAACCCUUCAGUUUAACCCGACGUUUUCUUAAUGCUAUAUGUAUUGCAGUUGUCAAGGCAAAUACAACCGUUUUUUACCUUUUUGUAAAAUAAGUUGUCUCAUUUGCCUAACUGGGUCCUGGGCGGCCCAAGCUUUGUCCCGCUUUUGCUGCAAAAGAUUGACACAGCUGCCUCUCUGAAAUGUGCAUUUUCUGAGGUGUUCUCUUUUAAAUUCGUGCUUGCCGCCUAAGGAAUAAAAAGGGCCAGUUUUAAGACUUUUGGAAUGAGCUGAAACUACAACUCCCAGAAUCCCACCGACUCACGGGAAAAGCUCUCUCGAACAAAGUCUCCCUUCAAGGCUGGCAGGUAGUAAAACGCCAGCGCGGAAGAGGAGGGGGCGGCUACUCCUAACAUAGCCAAUGCCCUGUUGAGCAAAAAAAAUCAUAGCUUCGUUCUUCGGCUAGAGAAAGACGAAGGACUGCACAGGAUGUGCGCCGCAUUAGCGAAGCUAAAAGGGUGGGAUUAUGAAAUUUCUCCAAUUGGCUGCAAGGGAAAUAUUCCUCCCUCUCACCCUCCCUGCAAGUUUUAGACAGUGUGAGCUGGCUUUCAUUCUGAGAAUCCUGCACCACAUGCAGCAUGGAGGCUUCUAAAAAGCCAGUCCUCUAUACUUAUUUCAGAAGUUCCUGCACCUGGAGAGUGAGAAUUGCACUGGCUCUGAAAGGAAUUGCCUAUGAUUCAGCACCUGUCAACCUUGUGAAGGAUGGAGGGCAGCAGCUGACACCAGAGUACCAAGCAGUGAACCCAAUGCAGCAAGUCCCAGCCCUCAAAAUUGAUGGCAUCACCCUCUCGCAGUCGAUAGCAAUAAUAGAGUACCUGGAGGAGACGCGUCCAAAACCUAGUCUCCUGCCCCAGGAUCCAAAGAAGAGAGCCCUAGUGCGGAUGAUCUCAGAGCACAUUGCUUCUGGAAUUCAACCCUUGCAGAACUUGACUGUCUUGGAGCAGUUUGGUGAGAAGAAGCAAGACUGGGCAAAGAACUGCAUUUCUCGUGGUUUCAAAGCUUUGGAGCAGAUCCUGCGUGAAACAGCUGGGCGCUACUGUGUUGGGGAUGAGGUAACCAUGGCUGACCUAUGCUUGGUUCCCCAAGUUUUCAAUGCCGGGAGGUUUAAAGUGGAUCUUACGCCAUUCCCCACAAUAAACAGAAUCAACAAAGCUCUCUUGGAAUUGGAAGCGUUCCAAAUGAGCCAUCCAUCACGGCAGCCAGAUACCCCUUCAGAACUAAGAGUCUAAAGCUGCCCCAUUUUUUUACUGAGGAAGAUUUGGGCAUAACUUUUUUUUAAAAAAUUGAUUAUCUUGUGAACUGCCCUGAGACCUGCAGAUGGUAUAUAAAUUUAAUAAAUAAAUAAUAAUAGUAAUAAUAAUUUGCCCAUAAAGGGACUCUAUGUGCCACCAUCUAGGAAGAACCACAACUUGAAUGAUUUCCUGCUAAGAGAGGGAAAUGCACUCCACCAUCACGAUUUAUUCUGGUUUUAUUUUGUGAACAGCCCUGAGACCCUCGGGUAUAGGGCAGUAUAUAAAUUCAAUAGUAAAUAAAUAGUGAUGAUGAUGAUGAUGCAACUACAUUAAAGCACUUAGCAAGACCUAACCUUUGAUCAUGUUUUGACAAUUGUAAAAUGAGAUUAAAAGAAAAAAGAGCUUCUGA